GCGCAGCCCCCCGCGGCUGCGCGCUGCGCGGAACGGUGACAUCACCCGGCGGGGAGGAGCGCGCGGCUCCGCGCCAGGCUCAGCCGGGGCUCCUCCGCGGCCGCGGCCAUGACGCAGGGUCCGGGUGGCCGCGCGGCCCCCGAGCCCGAGGCGCCCACCACUUUCUGCGCGCUGCUGCCGCGCAUGCCGCAGUGGAAGUUCGCAGCGCCCGGUGGCUUCCUCGGCCGCGGCCCGGCGGCUGCGCGCGCGGCGGGGCCGGCAGAGGCGCAGCCCGAGCCGGGGGUCCCAGCGCUGGCCGCCGUGCUGGGCGCCUGUGAACCGCGCUGCGCCGCGCCCUGUCCUCUGCCCGCGCUCGGCCGCUGCCGGGGCUCGGGGACGCGGGGCGCGCGGGGGACUCCCGACGUCGCCGACGAGUGGGCGCGCAAGGGCGGCUUCAUCCACAAGCCGGCGCACGGCUGGCUGCACCCCGACGCCAGAGUCCUGGGGCCCGGGGUCUCCUAUAUCGUUCGGUACAUGGGCUGCAUUGAGGUGCUCCGAUCCAUGCGCUCGCUGGACUUCAACACCCGGACACAGGUGACGAGGGAAGCCAUCAACCGGCUCCAUGAGGCCGUGCCAGGGGUCCGCGGCUCCUGGAAGAAGAAGGCCCCCAACAAGGCGCUGGCCUCCAUCUUGGGGAAAAGCAACCUGCGCUUCGCCGGCAUGAGCAUCUCAGUCAACAUCUCCGUGGAUGGCCUCAACCUGUCUGUUCCUGCCACCCGCCAGGUGGGAGCCGCUGCCCUCCGCCCUGCACGCCAUCCUGCGGUAGCUCUGGUCAUUGCCAGCCAUCACAUGCAGUCCAUUUCCUUCGCUUCGGGUGGUGACACGGACAUGACUGAUUAUGUGGCCUAUGUGGCCAAGGACCCCAUCAACCAGAGAGCCUGCCACAUCCUGGAAUGCUGUGACGGUCUCGCCCAGAGUGUCAUCAGCACUGUGGGUCAAGCCUUCGAGCUGCGAUUCAAGCAAUACCUUCACAGUCCCCCCAAGGCCGUAGUGCCCCCCGAAAGGCUGACAGGGCUGGAGGAGUCAGCCUGGGGUGACGAUGAGGCUGCGGACCACAAUUACUACAACAGCAUCCCAGGGAAGGAGCCACCCCUGGGUGGGCUGGUGGACUCCAGACUGGCUGUCACACAGCCCUGUGCACUGGCGACACUUGGGGGCCUCGGACAGGGAAUGUCACCCGCACAGAGAGAUGCCCGGGCCUUGCCUUGGGACACGGGUCCUUCUGGAGCAGCUGGAGCAUGGCUUGGCUCUUUACUCCUGCAAGAAGCUGUCGGUUUGAGUCUCGUGGAGGACAAAGCCCUGCCCGGGGACGGCUACGUGCAGGCGGAUGCCCGAGGGCCACAUGACUAUGAGGAGCACCUCUAUGUCAACACCCAGGGCCUGGACGCCAUGGAGCCUGAGGACACCUGUGAAGCACCUCUCCCGCUCGAGGACAGCCCCAAGAAGGACCUGUUUGACAUGCGACCCUUUGAGGAUGCCCUGAAGUUGCACGAGUGCUCGGUGGCAGCAGGCCUCACUACAGCUCCACUCCCUUUGGAGGACCAGUGGCCCAGCCCCCCUACCCGCAGGGCCCCCAUUGCACCCACAGAGGAGCAAUUGAGGCAGGAGCCCUGGUAUCAUGGACGCAUGAGCCGUCGGGCUGCGGAGAAGCUGCUUCGUGCGGAUGGGGACUUCCUUGUGAGAGACAGCGUCACCAACCCCGGACAGUAUGUCCUCACAGGCAUGCAUGCGGGGCAGCCCAAGCACCUGCUGCUGGUGGACCCUGAGGGCGUGGUGAGGACGAAAGACGUGUUGUUUGAAAGUAUCAGCCACCUCAUAGACUACCACCUGAAGAACGGGCUGCCCAUCGUGGCUGCGGAGAGUGAGCUGCACCUUCGGGGAGUGGUCUCCCGGGAGCCGGGAGCCAGGUUAUAGUCCUCAGCUCAACUCCUACCCCCAGAUGCCCUUGCCGUGGCCUUGAGGGCUCAGAUUUUCUCUCGGACCCUGAGAAACCACCAGAACCGGAAUGGCUACCGUUUCUCCUUCCGCCGCAUGAGCCACAGGAAGCCGCCUUCUCCCAGCUGCACUCGCUGGCUGGGCCAGUGAGACAGAGUCAGGGUCCAAGCCCCUGGUCCCGCCUGAGCCCCAACCCUGAACUUGGGUGAGGCUGUAUAAACCAAAGACAGACCGAGUCGCCUUUAACAAAGACAUCCAAAUGCAGGCCCUGUACCUCCAUUCCCGGUAGGGGCAGAGACAUCAGGCUCUGUGGGCAGAUAUAACUUCUUGCCUUGGCUGGGUUCCGAGGACCCAGAUGCACUGUUGCUUUUUUUGGGGGGAUUAAGGUGCUUUUGGGUCUCAUAUCCCUGAUGGGGGAGCAGCCUUGGGGCUUAGCUGGAAUGGUAGGGCAUCCAGGUGAGUAAGAGGCGUGAGGAACCUCACUGAGAUGUGGCAUCCAUGGAGCACCUCCCAGCUGCAGCCUGCCUGGACCUUCUACUGUAAUUAAACACAGCGUUGAGCGUGAGCCUGCUGUGCCUGUGUGGACCUGCCAGGGGUUCCGGGUGGACAGCUGAGGCUGAGGGGGAGGCUGUAUGGACCCCAAGGGCUGGAGCAGACUGGGCUAGGUGGGCCUGUGGGGUCUGAACUGUCCGCAGCACCCCACUCCCUGUGCCCCAACUCUGAACAAGGCUCUGAUUUUACUCCAA